AUGUCAGGUAAAACAGGGGAUAAAGUGAGUUUUAUUCCUGUGGAGGUAGUUGAUCCUAAAGAAUUUAAAGAUUCAAAUAGUUAUAAGAUAAUUGAUAAUAUCAAAGAGUUGUCCUGGAAUUUACCACUGCAUCUUUCGAAGACGAAUAAGAAGCAUAGGCUUUUAUCCGGGAUUAAAUCAAUGAACUCCAAGCUUGAGACACAAACUGUAUAUUUCAUUGAUCUAAAUUCAAAGAUAUCUGGUUUUAUUCAGAUACUAUAUUCUAAUGUAAUGAAUGGCUUCUAUAAAGGAUUCCAACUGAAUUUCAAGUUUUUCAGUUGUGAUAAAGAUGUUAAUCAAGAGUUUGAAAUUUGGGAAAGUUUCAAGAUAGACAAUGUAGAAUUCAUAAAGAAACAUGAUGAUCUUUACAUGGGCGCCGUCGGCAACGGGAUAUCUUUCAAAUUUCAUCAUGGUAACGACGAUCAUUAUAUGGGUACAUUGCGUAUCAAAACAAAUUUACGAGAUAGGAACAUCCGUUUUGAUUUACAUGUAGAUUUGGGUGACGGAUUUAUAAUAAAUCCCAAUGGAAGUAGCAUAUAUUUGACUAAACCAGUUUCCAUUGAUAAUAUUGAUACGAUAGACAAAUCCGUGGUAAAAGGAUACAUGAGGCACUUAUUUGUGCCGAAAGGUAAGAUAAAUGGUACCAUAGAGUACGAGAAGGAUAAGAUUAAAAAAACGAUUGAAUUGAAUGAAAUUCCAAUUGCAUAUCUGGACGCAGUGCAAGGAUUACUUCCAAGUAAAGCCGCCAAGAGAUGGAAUUUUAUGUUUUUCAAGAGUGCGAAUUAUACAAUAUUGGUGAUUGAAUAUCAGACUACACCGGAAUAUGAUAAUCAAAAGAUCACAAUGUGGUCUAUUUUACAUAAGGAUGAGAUUAUAUCCAUCGGAUCUCAAGUUGAUAAUGAUGAAGUAGUGAAAUUCAAACAGACACAGCUUGACAGCACGAACGGAUGGCGUUAUCCAACAGCCAUGUCAUUCAAUUUCCGCAAGAGUGACACAGAAACAUACAAAUUGAAGCUUAGCAAGAUGAAUCUGGUUAACAGAUACGACAUUUUAGGAGAAUUGCCCUCGAUCAUCAGAAAGCUAGCAUCGGGCAUAGCCAAUAUCAAGCCAUUCCUUUACCAAUACUGCCAAGCUGCACGAUUCAUGGAAGAAGAUGGCAUCUGCAUUGCAGAAUCCACUUUUAUUAGUUGA